CACGCCUUCUUCCACUACGUGACAAUCGAUUUAUGUAUCUAACACACUCCCAACGGUUUUCCCGACCCUGAUCUCUCUCACCGCACGCACGCACGCUCCGUUGCAGGUUAGUUGGGUUUGGCUUUGCUUUGUUUUGCAGGUGAAAAUGGAGAAGGAAGCACAAGUUAGAGCUGGAGCGCAAGAUGAUAUUCUUUCGGUGGAGCUCCCAGCCCCUCCUUCUUGGAAGAAAUUGUUCUUCCCCAAGAAAGGAGGUACACCAAGGAAGAAUGAGAUUGUGUUCAUUGCUCCUACUGGAGAGGAGAUCAAUAACAAAAAACAACUGGAGCAGUACCUAAAAUCACACACUGGUAAUCCUGCAAUAUCAGAGUUUGAUUGGGGUACUGGUGAGACCCCUAGGAGAUCUGCAAGAAUCAGUGAAAAGGUCAAGGCAACUCCACCAUCAGAGGGUGAGUCCCCGAGGAAACGUGGCCGAAAAUCAUUGGGGAUAAAGAAGGACAGCAAAGAAGUGGAAGCUGCUCCUGAAGAAACUGAAGGUACAAAGGGAAUUCGUAUGCAAGAUUUGGGGGUAGAUGAGAAAGAAGAUGCAGAAGCUGGGAAGGAGAAAGAUGUUUCCAAGGAAACUUCAGUCGAGGAUGGAGAUAAAAUACAAAAAGAGAAUGGAGAUAAACUCCAAACUGAUGCUGAGGAAGGCAAGGAUGGGCAUGCUUCUGCCCAAGCUCCCAGUGUGGAUAAAACCCAAGCUGAGGCUAAUGUUAAACAGCAAGAUGUUGCAGCAAUAGCAGCCAAUGUAAACUUUACUGGAGAAACUGUGGCUACUGAGGCAACUAAAAAUACUAAAAAUGAGAUGGAAAACGAUGUGGAGAAAGCAAAUGGUACAAGUGACAAGAAACAGGAUGAUAACACAGAUACUGUGACUGUAGAAGCGAAUGGGGGAGCAAAGCAAGAUAAUCCCCAUGGAAUCGAAUCUGCAUCCAAGGUAGAGAUCAAAGAGAACCAAGCUUUGUCUGAGAACAAUGUGGAGGCCGAGGAGAAAGCGAAGGAAAAUGAUGGGGAGGUGAUCGAAAAUGGUAAGGUUAACCAAGUGGGGCCUGCUGAUGCGCCCCAACGACCAUCUCCCUCCCCAGUGAACUGCUGAAUGUACCGUACUGCCUGCCUUAGCAAUUAGCCCUUAUGUUAACAUCCCUUCCACCUUUUCAUUUUUGUCUUUGUAACUUGGGGAUUCCUCAGAUGACUGUAAUUUAAGUGUUGGUGAUGCUAGAAUUAAUUGAAUGUAGGGGAAUGAAGCUUUAGACGAUAGAAUAGGGUUUAGAUUCUGCAGCUUUUGUUACAAUCUGGAGGAACCCAAGACUGUAGACUGUAAGACAUGUUCCGUGACUUCAUGGUUAGUGAUUUAUAUUUUACUUGCU